GCCGUGGGGCUGCGGCGGCGCUGCCUGGCGGGUGCGCAAGGAGCCGGCGCGGAGCCGGCGGGCGGGCGGACGGUAGCGCGGGCGCGGCACCUGUGGGCCGGAGGGUCUGGCUGCCGCAGCGCCGGGCUGCCCCGACUCCGAGCUGCUGCUGAGAUGAGUGCAGUGUCGCAGCCCCAGGCUACUCCCAGCCCGCUGGAGAAGUCGCCCAGCACGGCGAUCCUGUGCAACACGUGUGGAAAUGUGUGCAAGGGCGAGGUGCUGCGGGUUCAGGACAAGUACUUCCACAUCAAGUGCUUCGUCUGCAAAGCAUGCGGCUGCGACCUGGCCGAGGGCGGCUUCUUUGUGCGGCAGGGCGAGUACAUCUGCACGCUGGACUACCAGAGGCUCUACGGCACCCGCUGCUUCAGCUGUGACCAGUUCAUCGAGGGUGAGGUGGUGUCGGCGCUGGGCAAGACCUACCACCCCGACUGCUUUGUGUGCGCCGUCUGCCGGUGAGUGAGCGGGCACCUGGCCUCUGCCGCCCCGGCCUCUCCCGGCCUUUCUCCUUCCCUCCCUCCCUUGCCUUCAUCCUCCUGCUCCCUCCCGUGAUCUGCCCUCUGCAUCCUGCAGCGAGGCUGUCCCAGGGCCCACAGUCUGCACCCUUCUGUCGCGGUGUGUCCAGAGGCCUCCUCACAGGGAGCUCUGUGA